ACAGAAACCAACAGAAUUAUCCAUCACCCCUCGUCACGUUGCGGAGCCGGCUGAGAGGCUCAUUUCCUGGAAUGAAUAUUACAUUGCUCUGUUCUGUUUUCGUAUCUCCUUUCCCUCUCUCCCUCAGCCAACUGUAUAACUAAAUCAAUAUACCCGAGGAAGUUUUUUUAAUAUAUAUAUAUAUAUAUAUAUCUCAUUUAUUUAUUUAUUUUAAGGGCGUGUGUGAGCUGAGGCAAAAGGCCAAGACUCCGUCACACAGUUCAUUGGCUUUCUGUGAGGGAAGUGUGAGGGAACACUGUGCUCCUGACGACGCCAGCUUCGCGCACGCAGACUAUCCUCAGGAAUUUAAUUGUUUGCUGCUUGCAAGAGCAGCGGAUGGAAGAGGAGGAGAGGGAAGGUCAAGAUUCCCCGCUCGUCCCACCUCACUUCGGACAUGGGGCUCUCCAGACACUUGCGUAAAUGAAGACCGGCAAGCGUUUCCUUCUUUCUGAUGAGGCCUCUCGACUGUCUGCGGAGGUGCAGACGAGAUACACGACUAGGGAUUGUGAUUCUCUGCCUGACUGCUGGCUGGGCUCUCCAGACCCAAGGAGGAGAAGUAUCCUUGCUGGUCUCACAACCCAGUGUAAACACCACGGUGGCCCAGAACGUCUUGCUCUCGGUUGCAUACACCUGUGAGAGUCCCCCGGUCAUCGAGUGGAAGCACACGUCAAGCAGGGGCACGUCCAAAAUAGCAGAGUGGAAACCAGGAAGUUACACCAACAUAUCCAGCAGCUAUCUAGACAGGGUGAACGUUUAUGACAACGGCUCUCUUCAGCUGCUGAACGUGGACAUGAGAGAUUCUGGUUAUUACUUAGUCACGGUGAGGGAAGAGUUUGGGAUCACCAUCUAUGGCACCAUCCUAUUGAAUGUUUAUGAGAUUAUCUAUGAAGACUUGCAUUUCGUAGCCGUCUUCUUCACCUUCCUCACAGCUGUGUCUGCCAUUCUAGUCUGCCUCAUGUGGCUGUGCAAUAAAUCCAUUCAGGUGCUUCAGAAGGAAAGGCACCGUCUCACAGCAAGUGCAACUGAAGAGACUGAGCUGCAAAUGGUGGGGUGUUAACUACGAAUGAUUUAAACGCACAAGUCAAUUUUCUACCUCAAAAGGAAAACAGUAAACGAGGAGACGGCCAUCCAGAAUGUAAAAUAUGCUGCAUGCUGCUUUUCUUGCAAGAUAUUUCCUGGAGCAGAAAAUGCAAAGCUUAAUUGAAAGGAAAGCUGAUCCAGAGAGGCUUUGAGAUGCCAUCAUUUCUGUAUCAUCAUUUACAAUGGACAUGUUUCAAGGGGACCGAAUGCUUCUGUUGUUCAACCUACAUGAUCUUAAGACAUCUAAUUUUGCAUUGGUAAACACCAAGAUGACAUGAUUGGGGACUUUAUGUGCUAACCAUGCUCCCACAAUAGUGUAGCAUCUUGAAUUCAUGUAGGUAGAAAAAGAAAUUCAAGCACUUUUUAAAAGCUGCAGCUAUUUAUUAACUUGUUUCAUUUUAAAAAUAAAUUAAAAGAGAUAGCGGACAGCCAGCGGUAGGUUAUAUUUUGCACCCACAUUUAAAAGUUACUGAUGAACAGAUGGUUUAUUUAAAGAAUGAACCAACUGUUGAAUUAUUACCUAGACAUUCAUGUUCUUUUAGUAACCUUUCAAUGUUAGAGGAUGUUAGGAACAAAUUUAAAUACCCCCUCCCUUCUCUGGGGGGGUGAGCAGGCGUAUACCUUAAUUCUAAUUAGGCACACAAGCUCAAUAAUUUAUUUUACCUGUUAGUGGUCCCGCCAGAUACCAAAAGUAAAGCAGACACACAGACAAUUACUUGCUUGAUCAAGAAAGGGUCUCUAACCAUACAGACCACAGUCUGUCAGGAGAGAGAACAACUUUAUUAGCCCAAAGCUUCAUUUAUAUAGGUUUCAUAAGCAAAACAAGAUGCAAUGUUUACUAAAAUCAUAGAAUAAAAAUACAAUAUUACCGAAUAAAACAAGCGCGUUUUCUUAUCCUUUGUUACAUUUCUCAUAAUUCUAAAAAGCGAGAGUUUGAUAAAUAAUUCAUACACAUGUCAAUCUAAGCAGCUUAAUAUGAGAUAAGAACUGAGGAAAUGCGAGUAAGAGGGUUAGAUUGACAUUUGGUGAAAAGGUAAACAUGAGGCUUUAGUGUGCUUGUGUCAGCAGUAUGACGUAAAACUAUGGAUUCAUUCUAGCAAAGUGUUUAGGAACUCUUGUUCUGUUAUGCUAUUUAGCUACAAUGUCAGGGUGUGUAUGAAAAAAUGAAGCAAGACAAGAGAAACUAUCAACAAUCAACUGGGAUACAUUUUAUCUUUCCAAGAUAUUAUUAUUCCAGCCAGAGAGGCGCCUAUGGGUGUUAUUUCUCAUGGGAAGAAACUGAACUUUGAGUUGUGUUUCUCUAGGGUCCAGAAUUCUUUGCAACAUUGGUUCUGACAGAAAUGUAGGUUCUUUUAAACCACUCUUGACAACCCCAGGCAACUUUUUGGGGUCUAGAAUAAAUUUAUUCCUAACAAGGAUGACAAAAUGAACACCCCAUUUAUUUUGACAUUUCUGUAGCACUCAAGAUGGUGUAGAUGGGGGUCAUCUCAUUUUGUCCUCACAACUAUCUUGAGAGAUAGGUGGAGUUAAGGCAGUGAGCUUUGUGGCUCAGUGGGGCUUUUAAUCUGGGCUCCUGACCUCUAAAUACAACCCUUUAGCCAUAGCUUGCAUUGAUAUUUUACAUUUAAUUUCCUAUGCUUAUAUAUUUUUGGAAUGACAACAGUAUUCCUAUAGAAUUGUUAAACUCAAGUGGUGCUCACAAAUGUCUUUACCUGUGGAUGUUGGCGAAUGUUUUAGGAAUAAAACUGAGAAA